AUUUUAUGGAAAUUUGUUCACAAAUAAAUGAAUACUUGUAAAGUACAUCGCCCAGCUUGAUAAAUUGGUUGGAAACAUCUUUGAUUGGAUAAUUAGUUCGUGCACUCGACGUCCAAGUAUAUAAAAGUUUAUAUAAAAGUAAACUUUUAUAAUAUGCCACAGAAAGACCAAGUUAUUCGACAGCAACCAGGAAAUCCUAGUCGGAGUGGAACGCCUACCAGUAGGGGUGCAUCCCCACACCCAAAUCGAGGGCUGUCGCAAUCACCACGCCGUAAUGACACAUGUUGUUGCUGUUGCGUUUUCAUAAUAAAGACGCUUAAUCGAACAUUAAAUAUAGUCCUACUGGAAUAUAAUAAAGAUGCAAUCUAAAAAAGAAGUUGGAACUAUACUUGAUCAACCUGGAAAAUCAGUACCACCACGUAAUCUCACUCUGGUACCUCCACCUCAUCGACAAUGGACUAGUGGGAUUUGUUAUUGUUGUAAAAAUAGGGAUUGGGGUUGUUUUGCGGUAUGUUGUUACUUCUGUCUAUUAAAUCAACUGACAAAAGCAAUGAAUGAAAAAACGUGUUAUCCAUGUUUACCAUGGUGUGGAUUAGUAGGAUUGAGAAUGAAAAUGCGAACAACUUACGGAAUAGAGGGUGAUGGAUGCAAAGAUUGCUGUCAACUAUGUUUCUGUAAUGGUUGUGUAGCAUGUCAAAUGCAUUAUGAAGCACAACAAAUUGGAAUUAUAGAAAAGAAAACCUGUUCAGAUGCAUGUAAUCAAUGUUGUGUAUGUUAUAGAUAAACAGAAUGGGAUAAAGAACAAUUUGUAAACUUCCAACUACUUUCACUAUCAAAUCAUGUAUAAUUAAGUAUAUUCAAAUGAAUUUUAAUUGUGUACUAAAUAAAUACUCUACCAU